GAAGGUCGGAAAUCGAGCAGGUGGUUAGAGGCGGGCAAUUGCUCUGAGUUUUGGCUUGGCUAUUACACGUUUAUCAAUUUUUAACGUGCCCGAAGCUGGGAGGUGAGCAACAUUUGGAAGCGGAAGAAAUUUGGCAAAGUUCUAGAGGAUUUAGGCCCCUGAGACGGUCCUGGAAGUAGCACGCCUUAACCGUCCCAAAACCCCGCAAAAUCACUCGAGACAACACAGAAAAACAAAUCAGUAAGCGAGUCAAUCAAACCUCCGCAUGAUGACAUCACUAUUGUGUAUCAUGGUAUUUUCUGUGACCUUACAAGUCAGCAAUGGUGGUUGUAUGGAUCCUAAGACUCCUCAACCUGAUGAGUGCCGUCCGACCGACAAGCCAAAUGAGCGGUUUGUUGAUCCUCACAAUGAGUUCCGAAGUCAGGUAAAGCCAAGUGCAGCGGACAUGGAGAACGUGGUGUAUGAUGAACUGUACCCUAUCUCACAAGUCGAGGACCUCCUCCAGAAUCAGCCGGAAUGGACCUUGGCCGACUUCAGUGAGCCUCUGAAAGGAACACCAUCAGAUGAGCCAUUUCUAGCUUCAAACUUGCUUCAGAAUGACCCCGAUCAAGAUGAUCUUAAGUGGAUGGAGACUGACAUUGUGACCAAGUACAAAUUUAAAAAAAAUGCCGAGGAAGAUACGUGGCUAUUUCAACCCAACUUCGCAGGACAAAUCGGCACAACAGACUUUGCCAAAGAUGCGGAUAGGAUAAAGAAGUUCUUUAAACGAAACAACGAUUGGGCAGCUAUGAAAAAAAAAUUCCGCACUCCUACUAGCUGUCUUCAACUCCUGUACAUCACUGCCGCUAGGUAUCUCUUUGUGACACAAGUUCUUUACGUUCUAAGUGGUAAUAAGCUAAAACCCUGCGUGAGAACAGCGGCAAAGAAAAUCGAAAUCCCUGACUCUGUGUGCUUUCCUGAGCCUUACGGAUCAGCUUCUUGCACUUCGGACUACGACGUCGGGCUUGUUGGAAAAGACGCUGGUACGCUUACAGAGAAAUUCAACAACUUUUUCCAAGACAAAAAUGAAUUUGGGAAACCCUCGGAGAUCGUUUUUGAUACAAAUGUCUACGCUUUCACCCUGGAGUACGCCAUGCCACUUCUGUUUGUUAAACUACCGCCUACAUUUGCCAAAGAUGUAGAGAACAACGAAAAAACAUUAAACAGCAAAAUGCAAGAAUUAGCCAGCGCUUAUUACAAGGUCUACAAGUACAACAUAAAGUUCUUCGAAACGAUGGUAAAUGGAGCGAAGUUAUCAAUGAAGGGAGCACCCAAAUCAAAAGUCUUCUUAGAAAAGUGGCUGGAAACCUUUAAGAGCUUGGAUGCUAAAAUUCCGAUGAGACCUGGGGAAAAACUGAAAACAGAGGAGGACCUGAGACUGGCCCAUAACAACCAGUACCAAGCCCUGGUGAAAGAGAUGUCUUCAAAAGGAGGAUACAAACCGGCAUUGUUAGAUGUUCUUGCAAAGGCCCUGAUCUACGCAGCUGAAGCUUAUCACACGCGAGGCGCCAUACGACAUGUAGUGGGUGGUACACAAAUGAACGUGAUUGACAUAUCGACAUCACUUUCGCUUAUGGACCUGUGGGUAUCCAUGAUCGAAAACUGGGGAGAGUCAAACAAGGAGUUUAGCCAUUGCCAGAUGGAACCUCUGGAGGUAUGCUUCCUUAAGAUGAGUAAGUACAUGUGGAGAAUGUUUAACGCAAUGAACUUAAUCCGUAAUGAAAUAAAACCCGAAAACAGGCUUGGUUUGGUGCACUUUGGAGAGGGCACGGGCGAUCCUGAGUAUGCAAUGAGAAUGUGGCUCGACUAUAAAAGGCAAGGAAAGACCGCCAUUCCAAGGCAACAGGACAAAGUUCUACAGUUUUUGAGACAAUUCAAAUGCGAUAAUGCCCAAAUCGGUCAGCCGAUAUCGUCGACUUGCAUCGCGAAGAUGAAUGAAAAAGUCAACGCCUACAACGAGAGAUUGGCUGCGCAGUGGACCGACGAACCUGUGCCACCGCCCUGGCACUACUGAGAGCUUAAAUCGUGAUAUUUACUGCUUUUCAAUGAGGCAAGAUGCAGUCCAAAAAAGUAAAUUUAAGUGACUAUGUAUGUCUUUCUUCUCUUACGAUAACAAUAUCGUCUUUAAUGUAACUAUUAAUUUAAAUUAUGCGGCCAACCCAACUCGAAAGCUCAUUGGCUAAUUUGGUCACUGUACACGAUUAAAUGUACUUUCUUCUAGUUAAUUUCUGUUCG